AUGAGCCAUAAUCAACAACAUAAUGGUGGAGGUCACCAACAACCACAAGCCCAACCAGAGUUAGUCGCCAGGAAAUGUUUCCAUUGUAAUGGUACCGGAUCAAAGGCAUGUUUCCAUUGUACAGGAACAGGUCGUGCCAAGUUCACAAAACAUCAAUGUGGAAUAUGUCGUGGAGCUGGAAAGGAUGAUUGUUUCCAUUGCAAAGGUACUGGUACACAGUAUUAUGAUCCCAAUGCCAAGUGUUGUACCAUUCUGUAG